UCAAUAUUGGAUAAUUUAGAGUGAAGGUUAAUUUAUUUCAAUAUUGGAUUCCAAUUUUCACAAGUUUAGAGUGAAGGGGGAGAAAAGUUUGUUAAAUAUUUUGGACGCCAAAGUGUUGUCUCCAUAGCUUGGAAUUCCCGGCAAGCACAGUUAUUGGUGUUGAGAAAGGCCUCAGCUUCGCUCCUUCCGUAUCAACUUCAACGAUUUCGGUCACCCAAACAUACCUAAAACACUUCACAGAAGAUUAUACUUGUUCUUUUCUUGCAGAUAGAACUUAAUGUCCUGUUAUUGUAGGGACAUCAGUCUCGCUAAACAUGAUAUUUUCAAGGCUAAGUAAGAGAACUCAUCUCUUGCCAUACCUUAGGAUUUUGCAAAAGGACACUCUUGAAUCCAGGUGCCUGUCUAUCAUUCCUGAAGGAUCAAGUUGCAAGUUCAUUAAUCCUAAUACCAGCUACCAGCGUAAUUCCCCUUAUAUAGGUUUAUCAAAGUUUACGCAAGAAUUGGGUACAAAAUCAUUCCAUCAGUGUUGCCGAUCUUCAGCUUUUGCUUCACAGUAUGUUGGAAAGUCAUGUUUCAUGACUCGUUUCCGACACUUUUCAUCUCAGGCAUCCAAGGAAAAGAAAUCACGAAAGAUGCUUUUAUACUUGACGGGCUUGGUUUUUGCUAUGGUUGGGUGCACAUAUGCUGCAGUUCCCCUUUACAGGAGAUUUUGCCAAGCAACUGGCUAUGGGGGGACUGUUACCCGGCGUGAGACUGUUGAAGAAAAGAUUGCUCGACAUGAUAGCAAUAAUACAGUUACCAGGAGGGAAAUUGUGGUGCAGUUCAAUGCUGAUAUCGCAGAUGGGAUGCCAUGGAAGUUUGUUCCCACUCAGAGAGAGGUUAGAGUCAAGCCCGGUGAAAGUGCCCUCGCAUUUUAUACUGCCGAAAACAAAAGUUCUACUCCAAUAACAGGUGUUUCUACGUAUAAUGUCACUCCUAUGAAGGCUGCAGUCUACUUCAAUAAAAUACAAUGCUUCUGCUUUGAGGAGCAACGACUGCUUCCUGGAGAGCAGAUUGACAUGCCUGUAUUCUUUUAUAUUGACCCCGAAUUUGAGACGGAUCCUAAAAUGAAUGGUAUCAAUAACAUUAUAUUAUCGUAUACCUUCUUCAAGGUUUCUGAGGAAUAAGACCAGCUUGAAUGUUCACUUAAGAUUCAAAUAACAAGGUCCCUCCAUUUUAAAGGACAAAGAUGCAUAGCACAGUGAUGAAGCUCAUGCUGUGGAUACUUAUUGUGGCUGACAUAAAAGACUAAAAUUCUUUUUUUUAUUUGUUUCACACAUAAAGAAGGUUGCCUCUUCUGUAUGCUUGCCAAGUUCUCGAAUAUUUUCAGCUUCAGCAGAACUAUUAGAAAACCUUUGUGAUCAAGCUUUGAAGGUUCAAGGUACCAUGGCAUGACAUUGUGAAUUAUGAUGACUUUCUGGUGCUCCAAGUUAAUGCUGCAGAGAUUUGGAGUAGCUCUUGAAAUUAGCAAUUAGAUGAAUCAUUUUGCUUUUAAAAUUUAUUGAAAGUCAAGCUUAUCUAAGAACUGUAAAAGAUUGAGAAGUUGGCAAAAGGGUAAGUGACAAUCACGUCUAUGAUCAGGGGAAACUAGGAAGGUAUGAAUUUC